AUGCACCUGCGCCUGAGCAUCACUGCACCUGCACCGCACGCCUGCUGCCCGCACCUGCCCCACGCACCUGCACGCACGCCUGCGCCUGCGCCCGCACCUGCGCGCGCCUGCGCAUCACCGCCUGAGCGUCCGCUUGCACCGCACCACGCACCGCGCCUGAGGUCACUUGCGCGGCGCCUGGGCGAUCCGCUGUGCGCCUGCGCCACGCACCUCCGCGCCGCACGCUCACGCUGCCGCCUGCGCGCACGUCCUGCGCCUGCGCCACGCGCCUGUGCGUCACCCGCGCCUGCAUCCGCCGCACCUGCACCCGCACGCUGCCGCCUGAGCAUCACGCUGUGCACCUGCGCCACCACGCCUGCGCCUCAGGCAUCCACUUGCACCUGCAACCUGCCUGCGCCUGAACGUCCGCCCUGUGCACCUGCACCACACACCUGCGCACCACCAUACGUCGUUAUGCCUGCGCCACGCACCCGCGCACCAGCCUACGUCACGCCUGCGCACCCACCUGCGCCCAGCCGCACCUGCGCCUGA